AAAUCAUGUCCAAUCAAUUUAAUUGACCAUAGAUGGACUCUAAUCAAGUUGAGGAAACAUCUCAAGGACGAUCAAUGGAAACAGGAUACACACGUCUCAUAGGGGUCUGAAUACUUGUGUAUUUUUGGUCUGCAGUCCUCUGCACGUAAACAGUUGCUACAUUGAAAGUUUGGGCAGUCAACAUUGUCUCAGAAUAAAGCAAAAAUAAACACAGCUCCUGCACCAUUGAAAAUGUUCAAUAAUGACCUCCAUCUGAGAAAUACGGCCAGCUAGGCUUCUGUGUCUCUCUUCUUACAGGAUAAACAACUGAACAAAAAGAGUUCACAAUAAUGGCAAAAUCCAAAACGCAGAAAUAUGUUUCCUCCUUUAAAUCCACACGAAAGCAGUGUCUUUGCACAUACUGUUGGUCACAGCAUCAGUUAAUGUUGGUAGCCAUACAAUGCAGUUCCAGCCAGGUCAUGUUGCAGGGAAAAGGCAACAGGCAGCAGGGAAUCCAGCCACAAUUAGUGUGGGAAACCUCUGAGGUCCCAGACACAAGGGUUGGGAAACCUUGCUAGCUUGAUACUGAUAGCUACCAGCUAGGCUAGUAGCUAAGCUACGGUAAACAACUUCAGGCUUUUUGGUCUGGCAGGAUCCCGGGACAGAUUGUAGCUGUCACAGCAGCUGAGGCUAACCGCGAUGCAGGACCCAAAGUAAAAAAGUAUGUAAAUAAAACUUUGCCAGGAGACACUGUCGCAACUUUCAAAAACAAUAAACUGAGGAGACAAAGUUUUUAGGGAUUGAGGCUAAUAAUACCCUACAACAGUUGCCCCCACCACUGUGAUAGAGGCAACCACUGGUAAGAGGCAUGAAACCUUAGUAAUUGCUCAACACAAUACAUUAUUUUACUGCAGUCUCCCUUCAUCAGAACAUUCAGCAGAAAUCUCCUCAUGGGCUGGUAGGUUUUAUGUUGAUAGCAGAUCGUACUGCAGUUCAUUUUUAUGGAUUUGAUUAAUUAGCUGAUUAGUUAAUUUAGGUCUUAUAUCGUCUCCCUUCUGUCCCCCAGGAUCCGGGUUCAAUGUGUUUGUUUAUUUCCAACUUGCUGAAGUCUUCAUUCUGCUGACAAUCUGUCUAGGAUCAUACUUGUUUUACAAGAAGAAGACCUGUCCUCAAGAACAAGAUGAUGGGGGUGGGCACAAGGGGCGGUCGGCCGAGGAGAGAGCCAGAGACCGUCUGGGAGUUGAUGGAGCAGUUUGAGGAGGGAUAUCGGAGGGGGAUGUUGGUUAGGAGUAUUCUGCAGUGCAGGCGUCCUGAAGAGCGUGUCAUCAGUCCGGUGAAACCUGUGCCGGCUCCACGCAACAGGCCUCCAGUGCGCGUUCCCAGCUUGGUACAUCCUGUGUCGGCUCCCUGCACUCGCCCUGAGAAAUGUGUCAUCAGUCCGGUGAAACAUGUGCCGGCACCACACGCCAGGCCUCCAGUUCGCCUUCCCAGCCCGGUACGUCCUGUGCCGGCUCCCCGCACUCGCCCCGAAGAGCAUGUCACCACUCCAUUGCAACCUGCGCCGGCUCCAUGCACCAAUUCUACAGUGCGCCUUCCCAGCCUGGUACGUCCUGUGCCAUCUCCCCGCACCAGGCCGCCAGUGCGCUUCCCAAGCCCAGUAUGUCUGGUGCCGGCUCCCCACACCAGGGCUCCAGUGCGCCUCCACAGCCCGGUACGUCCAGUGCCGGCUCCCCGCACUCGGUGUACAGUCCGGAGUCUCCAGCGAUGGUCUACGGUCCGGAGCCUCCACAGACGGUCCACGGUCCGGAGACUCCAGUGACGGUCUACAGCCCGGAACCUCCAGCAACGGUUCACAGUCCAGAGCUUCCAGCGACUGUUCACGGUCCACAGCUUCCAGUGACGGUCCACGGUCCACUGCUUCCAGUGACGGUCCACGGCCCAGAGCUUCCUGUGUCGGUGCCAUGGUCGGAGCCUUCCACUGCGCCGGUGCCCAGUCCGGCCAUGGCAUCCAGUCCCGCUCCAUGGCCGGAGCCUUCCUCUGCCCCGGUGCUCAGUUUGGGCACGGCGUCCAGUCCCGCUCCAUGGCCGGAGCAUUCCUCUGCGCCGGUGCUCAGUUCGGGCACGGCGUCCAGUCCCGCUCCACGGCCGGAGCAUUCCUCUGCGCCGGUGCUCAUUUCGGGCACGGUGUUCAGUCCCGCUCCACGGCCGGAGCCUUCCUCUGCGCAGGUGCUCAGUUCGUGCACGGCGUCCAGUCCCGCUCCAUGGCCGGAGCCUUCCUCUGCGCCGGUGCGCAGUGUUUCCCUGACACCAACUCAGUCAGUGCUCAACUGCUAGAUGAACUUAAUGCACUCCUCCAAGGAGGAACAACCAUCCCUGGUGCAAGAAAGGUUGAGAAACACUG